AUGGCCUGUCAGAAUGGACACAAGCAGACAGUUGACGUUCUGUUGAAGAAUGGAGCAAAUGUUAAUCUUACCACUACAGUGAGU